AUGGGGCCACAGGUGCCCUCAGCCCCUCCUGCCCUCUGGGUCCUCGGGUGCCUUGCCCUGUCCCUCUGGCUGUGGACACUGUGCACGGCCUGCCACAGGCCUGAUGAGACUCUUGCCCCCAGGAAGCGGGUGCAGAGGCAGCGGGCCAGGCCCCAGGGCGGUGUGAUGCCAGCGGAAGCGUCACUGCUGAGACGACACCACUUCUGCACCCUCAGCAAGUCGGACACAAGACUGCACGAGCUGCAUCGGGGCCCUGCUGGCUGCAGAGCUCCACGGCCUGCCAGCAUGGAUAUCCUGCGCCCACAAUGGCUGGAGGUGCCCAGAGGCACCAGCAGGCCUAUGGCAGCCUUCUCACACCGGGAACUGCCCCAGGCAAUGCCUGCUGCCACCUCACCCUCCAUCUGCCCCGAGGCCACCUAUUCCAAUGUGGGGCUGGCUGCAAUCCCCAGGGCCAGCCUGGCAGCCAGCCCUGUGGUGGCGGAGUAUGCUUGUAUCCAGAAGCUCAAGGAAACAGAUCAGGGCCCCCAAAGCCUGGGGCAGGGGAAGGCCAAGCUGACCCCAGCUGUUCAGGUGGACAUCCUGUACUCCAGAGUCAGGAAGCCUAAAAAGAGGGACCCAGGACCUGCCACAGACCAGCUGGACCCGAAGGGCAGGGGAGUAAUUCUGCCUCUGGGAAGUGACCAGUCCUACGAGACCCUCCCACUCAGGGGCCUGGGCAAGGAUGAUGGCCUCCUGGAAAAUGUGUAUGAGAGUAUCCAGGAGAUGCCCGCCCCCCCCAGCACCUGGAGCCCUCCUGCUCUAGCUGUUAGCAUGAGUGCACCUUUGCAGGCUUCCCCAGCCUCAACCUAGGGAGGGGUCUCCAACUCCCCAUCUGCCUGGAACGACCAAGUAUAGAGUUCCUCCUUCCAGAGUACUGCCCAACGCCCAUUCCCUAUCCCCGCCCCCCGAAG